UUAGAUUCUUAAACUGAAGCUUGUGCUUUCAAAUAAGUGGUUGAGGACGAUGGAUAAUACGGUGUCGUUGCAAGUUUAGAACUUGAUCAACAUGUAGUAGCUUUUCUAGUUCCACCACAAAUAGAGAUCCUCCUAAACUAAACUAACAAAAUUUAAAUAAAAAAAAUAAAAAUAAAAAUAAAAAUAAAAAAUGCAUUUAACCUUUAUAGGAGUAAAAUAUAAGAUGACACAUUAAGGAGGAAGAGUUGGAUUGGAAGCACGAGACAGGAGGUUCCCUCUUUGUUUCCCUCCCCUCCCUUCCAUCUCGCGUACUACCUGAUUAUUAUCACGUGAUCCCUGUCCCAGCUGCUCCCAAGUCCUUUUGUCACGUACUGCUCGCAUUCCCUCUUUCUGAAAUCUAAAAAGCCUCUUCUCCCAUUCCUCUUUACCUCCCCACAUCCAAAAUGUACAAAUCACUAAUCCAUACUUCCUCUCCCAAUACAACAAACCAAUAAAAUAAUAAACCUUCUCUUCACAAAAAUGUCAUUUCUCAUCCUAACACUGCUACUUCUCUCAAACACAUUUUCCUGCAACUCCUCCAAACUCAAAACCCCACCCUCACCUCUCUCAGAUCCUACAGCAUUACUAGCAUUCAAAUCCAAAGCAGACUUAAACAACCAUCUCAACUUCACCACCAAAACCCCUUUCUGCAACUGGCAAGGUGUUCAAUGCAACAACCAAUCCAAAGUACUUCGUCUCGUUCUCCGAAGCAUAGAUCUCGGCGGCGUUUUCGCUUCUCACACAUUAUCCCGUCUCGACCAACUCCGUGUCCUCAGUUUACAGAACAACUCCCUCACCGGAACCAUACCUAACCUCUCCGGCCUCGUCAAUCUUAAAACUCUCUUCCUUGAUAACAACCACUUCACCGGUUCUCUACCACUUUCUAUUUUCUCUCUUCACAGACUUCGAACCUUGGAUUUCUCUCAUAACAAUCUCUCUGGAACUAUUCCUAUAGCUUUCACCAAGCUUGAUCGUCUUUACUAUCUCCGUUUAAGCUUCAACGCUUUCACCGGAGCUAUUCCUCCUUUUAAUCAGUCUUCUCUCAAAACUUUUGAUGUUUCCGGUAACAAUCUCUCCGGCGCGGUUCCGUUAACCUCCACUCUGUCUCGUUUUCAGCCUUCUUCAUUCGCCUCAAACCCUAAUCUCUGCGGCGAAAUCGUUCGGAUAGAAUGUCGUCCUACAGCGCCGUUUUUCGCACCGAGUUCACCGCCAACGGUUGGACUCGGACAGAGCGCGCAGGUUCAUGGAUUAAUCCGGCAGCCGUACGAGAAGAAACGCGAUCGAAAGGCGGUGAUUAUCGGAUUCUCUACCGGAAUUUUUUUCCUGAUCGGUUCGCUGGUUUGCUUCGCGGCGGUGAUUAAGAAACAGAGAAAGAAAAAAGGAAAAGGUUCGUCUGGUUCAAGUGUGAUGGCUUCGGAUGCAGCGGCGACGGCGGAGGCUGCGGUUGUGAUGCAAAUGGAACAAGAGAGGGAAUUAGAAGAAAAGGUGAAGAGAGCGCAAGUUGCAAAAAGUGGGAGUUUAAUAUUCUGUGCGGGUGAGUCGCAGGUGUAUACGCUGGACCAGUUGAUGAAAGGAUCUGCGGAGCUUUUAGGAAGAGGGUGUUUGGGAACAACUUAUAAAGCGGUGCUUGAUAACCGUUUGAUUGUAACAGUGAAGCGUCUUGAUUGUGGGAAAAUGGGUGGGCACGUGACAAAGGAAGUGUUUGAGCGUCACAUGGAAUCAGUAGGUGGUCUUCGUCAUCCUAAUUUGGUUCCUCUUAGGGCUUUUUUUCAGGCGAAUCAAGAGAGACUCAUUAUCUAUGACUAUCAGCCCAAUGGAAGUCUCUUAUCUCUUGUACACGGUUCCAGAUCAAGCAGGGCAAGGCCAUUGCACUGGACAUCAUGCUUAAAAAUAGCAGAGGACGUAGCACAAGGGCUUUCUUACAUCCACCAGGCAUGGAGACUGGUCCAUGGCAAUCUCAAGUCCUCCAAUGUUCUCCUAGGACCCGAUUUUGAGGCAUGCAUCACAGACUACUGCCUGUCUUUGUUGAGCAAUGUAUCUACCUUCGACGAGGUUGGUGAUUCUGCACCCUACAGAGCUCCAGAGACUCGCAAUCCAAAUCACCAGCCAACCCCAAAAUCCGACGUUUAUGCUUAUGGUAUUUUGUUGCUAGAGCUUCUGACUGGGAAAUAUGCUUCUGAGCUCCCAUUCAUGGUUCCUGGUGAUAUGUCAAGAUGGGUGAGAUCCAUCAGGGAUGACAAUGGAAGCGAAGACAACAGAAUGGAUAUGCUUCUUCAAGUGGCUACAACUUGUAGCUUGAUUUCUCCAGAGCAGAGACCCACAAUGUGGCAGGUCUUGAAGAUGUUACAGGAAAUCAAAGAGAUUGUACUAUUGGAGGAUAGUGAAUUGGAUCUACGCAGUAGUAAUGUCGUGUCUUAAUUUUUAUUUUUUUGGGUUUAAUUAUGUUAUAGAUGGAGGAUAGAAAGACAAAAUAGUAGUAUGAACUAGUGUAAAAACAAUUAAGAGUGAGGUUCAAAAAUUAUAAACUUUAUAUAAUCUUGAUAUUAAUUAGACUCUUGGAGUCUUGAUAGAAUGUGCGGUGAACCAGUUUUUAAGUUAUAAUUUAACAGGUAAAUAUCGAUAUUUUUAGAUUGAA